GCGACGGACGCUUGCGCUUCGGUCCUCUCGCAAUCGGCGAUCCGCGACUCGCCUAACCGGCAGUGCGUUCUCGACAUCGGUCCCGCGAGAUCACCACCCGUUCGUCGUCGAGAUCGUCAUGUAACGCCGACGAACUUCGCGAAUCGUUUUCUGUUAAACCAUGUAAGAAAAUGAGGGCUGGCAGGUCAACGGUACUAACAGCUCCACUUUUAUACAAUAGCAGUUGCUGGCAUCCACGUAUCUACCCCAACGGUCUGCUAUUUCGCAUAACCGUUUCCGGCAUUACGGAAAGUGCAUUCGUCUCAUUGCUCACGUUAGCCAUCCUUGUUGCUAAUCUGAUGGUAAUAGUUACAAUUAACAGCGACAGAUACACGAAAUUCAUUCAUCCACAGCCUCGGUACUUAGUGACAUCGCUCGCUUGCAAUGACCUAGCCAUCGGACUACUAGUUACGCCGUUAGCUGCUUUUUCAGCCUUGGUUCAUUGUUGGCCAUACUCUGAAAUUAUAUGUCAAAUUCAAGCACUACUGAGGGCAGCUUUGCCACAACAAAAUGCUAUGAUCCUGGUUUUCAUGGCAGUAGACAGAUAUACGUGCAUGUUACACCCAAAUAAGUAUCAUAAACAUUCGAGUAAAAAAGGCUGUAUGUUAGUGUUAAGUUUGACUUUAGUGGGUUCAUUAACCGCUUUCGGUGCGGCAGUAAUCCGUCGAGGUGGAUAUUUCUACAACGGCAAUGGACUAAUGGCAUGCGAACCAUUUUAUCAAAGACCAAGUUUGCGAAUAUUGGCUGCAUGCUUGUUUUACUUUCCCACAACAAUGGCACUCAUGUAUUUCUACGGAUCAGCAUUGCACGUGGACAGGCUCAGGCAUAGACAACAAAUAAACAUCUGUGCCGUUCUAGUGCAACCCAUGUUACCUAACAACACAACCAAGAAUGCACUUGAUGAAGCAUCCGAUCAGUUGGCAUCAAAAGAAUUAAGACAAAGCAUACGUACAACAAGAGCGAUGGGGGCAGUAGCGUUGGGUUUCAUAGUAGUCGUAACUCCUUGGACAAUUCAAGAAGUCGUAACGGCAUGCACUGGCUCAAAAAUGCCGCCCGCUGUUGAUUUCAUAAUCACAUGGAUUGCACUUAGCAAUAGUUUUUGGAAUCCAUUCAUAUACUGGGCUUUGAACCGAAAGUUCAGGCGCAUCAGCCGUAAUAUAAUCAAAACUAAAAUUUUUCGUCGUAAAAAAUAUAGUUCAAGUGUGAUAUCUCCAUCUUGUAAUGUAGGACACCAAGAAGGCUGCUGCGCUAACAGAGACAUGUGUUUCGCAGCACUUCAAAAAGACAGCGAGGAUAUAAUUGAGGUAGACAGCCAAUCAUUAGGAUCUCAAGACAGAGGAGGAUUUCCUCCGACGCCACCGCCACCACCACCUUAUAAUAGGGGAGAAAUACAACACUGUCACUCGAGAAGAUACUGAUAUUGAAAACAAAUCACAGUUCUGCUUAUACUGAUGAAUCAAAUAACUGUACAUAAGAUCGAUGUAUAUAGAAUCAUAGUUCUAGUUAAAACGAUUAAAGAAUGGUUAUAGAAAAUAUAAAAUAUUUAUACAAUAUUAAUCGUUUAACAGGGUGACUUUGACAUCACUAAUGUUUGAAACAAACUUCAAAUUAUCCAAUUAAUAUAGAUAUACAUA